GACAAGAGGGACGCACGGCUGCAGGGCUCCUGCCGGCGUGGGCAAGGCUGGCCGAGGAUGGUGACGCCCAGGGCCCUGGGGGUCCUGCUCCUGCGACUCCUCCUGCCUCUGGCCUCCGGUAAGGUAACUGAGCAGCCAAGAAACGUCUGCCUGGGGUUGCCCAAGAUGAACACGUACGACCACUUUGGCCUUAACGACACUGCGAAGUGCUUCACGGAGUGCGGGCAGCAGGGGAGCAAACCCUGCAAACUGGAAACCCUGCAGAGAUACUGGCUGAACUACGAGAUCCAUCUGGUGGAAGAGAGUGUCACGGACACAGUCAAUAUGUCUUUUUUGAAGUCUUUUGUCAAGGACAUCAGCACCAACAUCUCAGAGGACCUGCACUUCUCCCUGACGCCCUUUCAGAUCCCAACUCAGAUGACGGAUGAUGGGCACGAGCACCCUGACAGAGUCCGGCUGCCCAGGACCCUCUUCAAGUCCCUGCAGGGCAGCAGGUCGAUGGUCCGGUUGGCCAUAACUGUGCUGGAUGUCGGUCCGGGGAAUCUCUUCAAGGGCACCCAGCUCAGCCUGGAGGACGGCAGCAGAGUGUUGGACAAUCGCGUAGUGGGCUUGAGUUUGGGCCACACAUGUGUCACCGGGCUGGCCGACCCCUUGGAGAUCACCUUCUCCCACCAGCAGCAGCCGCCCAACGUGACCCUCAGCUGUGUGUUCUGGGAUGCGAAUAAAGGGUCAACAGGAGACUGGUCUUCCAAAGGCUGCUCCACGGAGCUCAGAGCCAAGGAGACUGUGUGCCGCUGUGACCACCUGACCUUCUUCGCCCUGCUGCUGAGGCCAGUCUUGGACAACGUCACUGUGCAGGCCCUCAAGUACAUUUCCCAGGCUGGCUGUGGCGCCUCCAUGUUCUUCCUGGCCUUCACCAUUGCCCUCUACGCUGCCCUGAGGUUCUAUUGGCAGAGGCUCAAGUCAGAAGACGCCCCCAAGAUCCAUGUGGCCUUGAGCAUUAGCUUGUUUCUCCUGAAUCUGGUCUUCUUCAUCAACGUGGGGGUUGGCCGGAGGGCGUCCGAGGCCGCCUGCCGGGCACACGGGGCCGUCUUCCACUACUUCCUGCUCUGCACCUUCACCUGGAUGGGCCUGGAAGCCUUCCACCUCCACCUGCUCAUCAUCAGGGUCUUCAACACCUACUUCGGGCACUACUUCCUGAAGCUGAGCCUCGUGGGCUGGGGCCUGCCUGCCCUAAUCGUCUUUGGCACCGGGAUUGCCAAGAGCUAUGGCCUCUACACCAUCCGUGACAAGGAGAAUACCACCACGCUGGAGCUGUGCUGGUUCAAUGAGGAAACUGCCCUCUACGUCACUGUCCACGGCUACUUCCUCGUCACCUUCCUCUUCAGCGCCGUGGUCCUGGGCCUGGUGGCCUGGAAGAUCUUCACUCUGUCGAAUGCCACAGUGGGCAAGAUGCAGGGGCUGACCUGGAAGGGGGUCCUCACCAUUCUGGGCCUCUCGAGCCUGCUGGGCAUGACAUGGGGGCUGGUCAUCUUCACGCCACUUGGUCUGUCCACCACCUACAUCUUCGCACUGUUCAACUCCCUGCAAGGUGUCUUCAUCUUCUGCUGGUUCGUCAUCCUCUACUUCCCAAGACAGAGCACCACGUCCUCCACUUCUGGCACUGCCCGAGCUGACCCGGCCCACUCUGUGUCUCAUGAAUAGGGGGACUCAAGUGGUCAGGCCGUGGUGGGCCCUGCCAUCUGGACUCAGCUCUGACUCGCUGUGUGACCUUGGGUGGCUCUCUGCCUCCCUCUGGCCUCAGUGCCCUUGUCUGUACAAUGCGGCUGGGACGGGAGGGGACAGGGACCAGGGUCGACCACGUGGCCUCAAGGGUCCCAUCCAGAUCCGUCUGUGGGUCCUAGCAUCCACCGAUCCAGGACUGCAGGGGUCUGAAGUUCCUGUAAUCCUGGGACGCCUGCCAGCACAGAGCAGCACCCUCACUCUGCUCCACGCCCCCCUGCCUUCCCAGCAAAGCAGCCUGUCUCUGCCAUCACCCACCUUCUGGUGACAGCAAGGGCCUGAGCCCAAAUAGGGGAGUCUGUGGUGGGCACAGCCCCUUGAAGGAGCCCCCAGCCUCUCCCCUUCCGCCUCUUGCCACUGCCCUCCACAUCGCUGCCUUCUGGCUGCCCGCGUGUGAGGGGCGUUCAGGAGGUGGUCAGCCGUCAGGCCCCGGGGCCUUUGUGGACUGGAGGGCUGCUUGGGGUGGGACAGGUCCUCCCAGCCCGCCUGCCCCCAGUCUCGGCCAGAUCCUCACAGAGGAGGCCCCACAAUUCAGGGGGCUGCCAGCCCUCGAGGUGUCUGGGGACACUGAAUUUCAGAGAAUGCCCCUUACCCAGUGGUGUCACACUUCAACACACCCCCUGGUCCCUACUCUGACUGCCACGUGGUGGCCCGACCGCUAAUCUGCUGUCACAUGGGGGAGGAGGGCGAAUUGGUCAGGGCUCUGCACCCCAACGGGUGGGGGGGUCCCGGGCAGGGGAGAGGACUGGGCCGAGCCGAGAGAGGGUGGGCGUUUCCCCCGGAACCAGAGCUACUGCACAGUAGGCCCUUCGAUGCCUCGCUCACCGGGCCAGCCACCCCGAGCCUCGCAC